AUGAGCGAGUCAAAAUAUCUCGAGGACCUACUACAAAACCCAUUAUAUCGAGCAGUUGAAAAAUGUAUUGAUAGAGAAGUUGCAGAUACUUAUGACUAUCAUGAUUUUUUCCCCUCGUGGAAUGGGCCAAUGGUGGAUUACAAAACAAUCAUCCAGGAGUUAUUUAGAGUUGAUGAAAGCAGACUAGAAUCAUUUAUUGAAAGAAGGAAACCUAGUUCAGAAUAUCUGGAUCUCUAUACAUAUACAAAACACGGUGAUCAAGAAUUUAGUAAGAAACUCCUCCGUUUCUUGUUAGCACUUCCCAUGUGUGAAUAUGAGAUUGUUAAUAAUAACAAUGCACUUAGUAAAAGUACUGGAUCUCAAAACCAGUUUUCCAAGAGCCUUUCCCCAUUUAAAUACGAUGAUAAAUAUAUAACGAGAAUUGAUGACGAGGAAAUAGCUAGCACUAUAUGA